ACUGCUGUCUACAAUUGCUUUGGAGCAUGCCCCACCCUAAGCAGCCUUCCUCUGGACAACAGCAGCCAUGACGGGACCAAGACCGGUAGUUCUGAGUGGCCCAUCGGGUGCAGGAAAGAGCACUUUGUUAAAAAUGCUGCUUAAAGACUACGGCAAUGUCUUCGGCUUCAGUGUCUCUCAUACCACAAGGCAACCAAGAGUCGGAGAAGUGAAUGGCAAAGAGUACCACUUUGUGACCAGAGAACAAAUGCAGAAAGAAAUUGAUGCUGGCGAAUUCAUUGAGCAUGCAGAGUUCUCUGGAAACAUAUAUGGAACAAGUAAAGCUGCAGUGGAGGCCGUGCAGGCACGGAACCAGAUCUGCGUCCUGGAUAUCGACUUGCAGGGCGUCAAGAACAUUAAGAAAACUGACCUGAAGCCGAUCUACAUCUCUGUCCGGGCUCCGUCCAUAGAAGUCUUGGAAAAGAGGCUGCGCGACAGACGGACGGAGUCCGAAGAGAGUCUACAGAAGCGGCUGAACGCCGCUCGCAUAGACAUGGAACUUAGUAAUGAACCUGGCCUUUUUGACCUGAUCAUCGUCAAUAAUGAUCUACAAAAAGCCUAUUCUGAACUGAAGGAGAUUCUUGCAGAGGAAAUCCAGAAGAUCCAAGACUCCAAGAAGUCCUGAGUUCAGUCUGCCUGGCCGCCAUUCCUAACGUGCUUCACAGCAUUCUGUUCCAAGAGAGACAUUCCCUUUAGCCUGAUCCCCUUCUGAGUUACUAUGACAUUUAUAGUAAAAAAAAACAAAACAAAAGCAAAACCAACCUUCUAUUUAUAUUAGCCGGGGCUUCUGCCACUUUGUGUGCGCACGCUAAAGCGUCCAGUACGCUUCUAGGUUUGCAUGGAGAUUUCAGACAGUCUGAAAGUCCCUGUACUGUAUUUCCUGAGCAGAAUUAUUCUGAAUUCAUUUGUAUAGCCUGAUGGUAGAUACAGCCCAUGCUGAUACAAUCAGUGCAUGUAGUGUGUGAAACUGCAAGCAGUAGUCUCCUCCAUAGCAUUUUUGGUGGAUACUCCCUUCUCAGCCCUGGGCUCCCUGCACCAGAGGCCACCUGCAGAGGGAAACGGCUUAGUAUGACCCGACUUGAUCUUCCUCCUGCAGACAAAUAGGUUAAAGUGUGAAGUGUCAUCAGCUGGCCUGAAGUGACCAACUGAGAGAAGAGAUGCAACUGAAAAGGAAAGAGACGGGCUGAAGACAAACUCAGAGAGAGGACGGUGCUAACGCUGGUGCCUCCCUUCUCCCCAACAAAUGUUCCACUAAGAAUCAUAGAAUAUCAGGGUUGGAAGGGACCUC